ACCCUAGAAAUGAGGUAUUAAAUUUGGCCAUAGCGUACGCCCACAGUCUAACAGUAAACACGCGCCUCUUCAUCCUUAUUGCUGCUACCUCACCUCACUCUUUCUUUCUUCACCCUUCUCUUCUCUUCUCUGUCGGCCUCUCUUCUCUUUCCCCAAUUCCACAAACCCUAGAUAUCACAACCACUUCCCCAAUUCCAAAAUCCAAAUCCAAAUCAAAUCGAAUCGAGAUACUAGUCAUAGGAUGCUUGCUUCCUCUGUGGGUUUUGGAAGGUGUCAGAUGUCAUUGGGUUGAUUUUUAUUUUCAACAACUGAUAAACUCCAUCUCGGUUUAAUUCUUCUAUAUAUUAGAUGGAUCGACGUGAUACAUCGGGAUUUGUUAGCGGGGGUGCAUUGUACUCUUGUGGACACAUCUAACCCUAACUUUGUAGAUAUAAAUCCCUUUUUUUGUGUCAGAAUUUAGGCAAGCUGUUCUGUUGAAAUUCAUAAAUAGGAUUAGAUAUUUAUUUUUGCAGUUGUUUUAUGGAAUCAAGAUUCUCGCACUUGGGAUUUCGUGUUGAUAGUUCUGCAAAUGCAUUUAAGAUUUUAGGCAGUUCUAUGCAAGUUGAAGGAAAUCGAGCUGGUUAUUAUGGUACAGAUACUGUGUUGCGACUUGAUUCCCCUGGUACUUCAAUUCCCUCCCACAAGCCUUCCUUUAGGGGAACAAAAAGGAAGUGGGAUUUAAUUGAUGGAGGUAUGGGUCAGACUGUUGGCUCUUCCUUGUCACUUGGACUUGGGCGUUCAACCAGUUCAUCAGACAGCAAGGGAAGUUCAGCUGUUGCUUGCACUGCUAUGUCUUCAGGCAAAGAUAUUGAGGAGGAAUCAUCUAUGGAUAUUGAACUGGACUUUACACUUAAUCUCGGCUGUGAGAAGUUACAUAGCCUUAAGAAACCAGUUGAUUCCAAUAUGAAGACAUUGGAGUUGCAACCAAAGUUCGAUUUGGAGCUUAGCCUUUCCACCAGACCCUGCGAGUCAGAUAUUACAAGUGCUCAUCUAAACCCAUCCCUUCUUCAAUUGAAUAUGGAGGCGGCAUCAGUAUUCAGUGGGGCACAACAUCCAGAUGAGGGAUCUACUUCAUGCAGUUGGAAGCCGGGGGUUGUUUUGCCAUCUCUAAAGGCAUCAUUCAAUUCGGAGACGAGUUUUCUUUUUAAUCAGGCUCCAAAGCAGUUUGAUCAUAGUCCAAUUGUUCUGGACCACUCCUCAUCAGGACCAAAAAGUUCAGUCACCUGUGUUUCUGGGCUAACCCAUCAGCCACAGCCACCUCAUCGUCACGGCAAUUCCAAGAUAUGUCAAGUUGAGGGAUGUGGAAAGGGAGCCAGAGGUGCCUCUGGGCGAUGCAUAUCUCAUGGUGGUGGUAGGAGGUGUCAGAAACCUGGCUGCCAUAAAGGAGCUGAGGGUCGUACAGUAUACUGCAAGGCCCAUGGAGGUGGCAGGCGAUGUGAAUACCUUGGUUGCACAAAGAGUGCAGAAGGACGGACAGAUUUCUGUAUUGCCCAUGGUGGUGGCCGGAGAUGCAGCCAUGAUGGCUGUUCUAGAGCUGCCAGAGGGAAAUCUGGACUGUGUAUCCGGCAUGGUGGUGGCAAGAGGUGCCAGAGAGAAAAUUGCACCAAGAGUGCAGAAGGCCUGUCAGGUCUUUGCAUCUCGCAUGGUGGAGGACGUCGAUGCCAAGUUUCUGGAUGUACAAAAGGGGCACAGGGGAGCACCAUGUUUUGCAAAGCACAUGGUGGAGGAAAGCGGUGUACAGCACCAGGAUGCACUAAGGGUGCUGAGGGGAGCACCCCCUUCUGUAAGGGCCACGGUGGAGGGAAACGUUGUACGUACCAGGGUGGUGGAAUUUGCUCUAAAAGUGUUCAUGGAGGUACCAACUUCUGUGUGGCACAUGGGGGUGGAAAGAGGUGUGCAGUAGCAGGCUGCACUAAGAGUGCCAGAGGAAGGACUGAUCACUGUGUCCGCCAUGGGGGAGGCAAGAGAUGCAAGUUUGAUGGGUGUGGAAAGAGUGCACAAGGAAGCACUGACUUCUGCAAGGCACAUGGGGGAGGCAAGAGAUGCUCGUGGGGCCAUCCUGGGUCAGAAUAUGCCACCCAACCAGAUGGUCCUUGUACUUCAUUUGCAAGGGGGAAAACAGGUCUAUGUGCACUUCAUAGUGGACUAGUGCAUGAUAGGAGGGUUCAUGGAGGUCUCUCUUUGGGAUCUGUUCAGGAUCCUCGCUCUAGCAAGCCAGAUCAACUAAGGCAGGUACUCCUUAACAAAGAAAUAGAACUGGCUAUGAUGAAAACAGGGAGUAGCUUUGGUACUGCUCACAUGAACCAACUAGAAAUUGCAAGUGCUUGUGCCUCAGCUGAGGAAGGUGGCCACUUUUCUAUGUCAGUUGCCGUUCCUGAAGGCAGGGUGCAUGGCGGAAGUCUGAUGGCAAUGCUGACAGCGAGUUCUGGCAGCGGUACAAGCAGUGGCAAAGCUCUAGCUAGCAUGGAUCCAUCCAUGCCAAUGAAAGGUUACAAUAUCAUGCCCCGGAAUUGGAUUUAAGACUAGUUACUAGUUAUCGACUAUGUUGUUAUGGUUUCUUUAUUUAUAACAUAAUGUAUUAGUAUUUUACUCUCGUUAUCCCCUUUGACGUUAGAUUAUGAACAAUCAGUUGUUUCGACAAUCUAAACGUAGGGGAUAUCGGGGUAAGACAUUGUACUGUUAGGUAGUUUGGUGAUGUUCUUUUCCCAUUCCUAGUUGCUGUGUAAAUAUUAUUACAUCUGAUGAAAUGUCUAGCAGGUUGUGAAUACAUGUUUGCUACCUGUAAGGACACUGUAGUGUGCCAUGUAUUCUAUUCAAUAAUUUAAUAAUAAAGCCAUCCUGAAUCGUAUUUGGUUAUUAAA